ACAGCUGUGAGAGCUGUUAGCCGGCUUUGUAUUAAAUUAAACGAUUUUGUAAUUCAAUUAUUUUAAUAACACGAUAAUGGAUGAAGUAGAAUACAAAUUAAAAACGAACAAUAGCGUUUUAAUUGUCAAUGCGAUAGAUAAAUUAAUAUCCUCAAUAAAAUCAAAAUACAAGCCUGGGGAACGUCAACAGUUUGUGUUAGAGAACGAAGAAUUAAAAUAUUUAAGGGAUAAAUGUUCGUCUCCCGACAAUAUGGUGAGCCUCACGGCGUGUCAGGGGCUGCUGGCUUUGGUUGAACUUGGAGUUCUCGAAAUAGCACAUACUAUGUCAACAGUCGUUACAUUACUUCCAAGUACACAUAACUACUCAGCUAUCAUAUCAACAAUGGCCGGGCUAUUAGUUCUGGAUCUAAAGUCCCGCUUGAUUCCCGGACAACAGUACAAGUGUCAGUUUUCACUAAGAUCACCACAACACCCAUUCAUAACUGUUCUGGAAAAAAAUAAAGAUGUUGAGGAUGACGUGUUGGCUCAGAUGCACGCUCUGUGCACACACCCCGAGUAUACGGUUGCAUCAAACAGCUUAGAACUCUUAAGGCCAGUGUUCCUAUGGUUGACAUGUAGCCCUCAUCGUAGCCACAGCAUCAGGCCAUGGCAGUUGCUGCUGAGCUUACCUCAGUCUGAGGCCCAGUCCAAACUGCUACUUGCCUGCAUCAGUUGUCAACAGGUUUGUAAUCCAAAGCAAGUAGAGCAGGCAUAUGCAGCAUAUUCGGCGGUGACUGAUGCAGCGAUAUAUCAGCAACGACGCGAGCACGUCGUGGCCCUCGUGCCCAUGCUCGCGAGGGUCUGUGGCGAGUUAGUAACACAUGGACGCGACCCGCGCGGCUGCUACAGCCUGAUCGAGAGGUGCUGCGCCCUGGACGCGCCCGAGCUGAAGGCGGUCGCCGGCUUCACCGUCAUGCUGCUCGCGAAGAACUUAGUCAAUACAUCCGCGCUGUAUCUACAUGAAUUGUUUAAUCUGUGUCUAAAUAUAAUUAGCAAAUAUGAAUACUCGUCGAUAUGCCUGAACUCCUUCGUCGGGCUAUCACUGCAGUGGCUCCAUCUACCGUCGUAUUUAACGAACAACGCCUUAAAAGUUGCCUCCAAAAUUGUAGACAUACAUCAAAACUCAACUAAUACAGACACUGGCCUCUUAAUAGCGAACUUAAAGUCGAACGAAACUUUCCAAGCCCUGGCUCACGUCGAUAAAGACUUGUAUAUUUACUAUAGGUUGCUAAACACGUGGGAGAGACUGAGAGAUAAUGAUGACAAAUUGAAGAGUUGGAUCGAAGGUUUGAUGAACGCGAACGAACUGUUGAAAUUGGAGCUACUCACAUUUUUUAUAGGGAUUGUAAUGGAUAAACAUGGGAAUUUGGACAUUGUUCUCAAGUGUAUAAGGCUGUUAAUCGAUCUGGUACGAGUUAAGAAGGAAGUGUCAGUGACGGUGUUGCCAGUACUGUUGUAUAAAAUAGCGAAUGAUAGCCGACCAGCUGUCAAGUUGGAGUGCUUGAACGGUUUGCCGUUAAUGGCUGCAACUAAAGAAAACGUCCCAACGCUGGUAGCAAUAUUGAACAAGCUGAAAGUUGGAAGAGGUGUCCCAAUUUCGUUCUUAAUCAAGCUCUACACGACUCUAGCUGAAACUCAGGCCCGGUGCUUCCCCUACCUACAAGAGGCGUUGUCGGAGAAUUCCCCGACGGAGCCGAAGUGGGAGCUCGACGCGGCGCGCGCGCAGGCCGUGUUGAAGAUUUGCGAGUUGCGGCCGGCCGGCAACGGGCUGGAGCUGGUGUCGGUGAUAUCGGCGGUGCUGACGCGCAGCUCGGAGCGCGCGGGCGCGGCGGCGGGCGCGCUGGCGCUGGCGGCGCUCGGCCGCCUGUGGCGCGCGCGGGCCGUGGCGCCCGCCGGCGCGUGGCGCGCGCUCGAGCCGCGCCUGGCGCGCGACCCGCGCCGCGCCGUGCAGCGCAGCCUGUGCCGGCUGCUGGCGGAGGUGCCGGCGCUGCGCGUGGCGGGGGGCGAGGGCCUGGCGGGGGGCGAGGGCCUGGCGCGCGAGGCGGCGCGACGCCUGUGGCAGUUCGUGGCGGAGGCCGACGACUGCGCCGUGCUGGACGCCGCCUGCGACGCGCUGGCGCUCUACCGCAUCGACGACUACAAGCUCAUAGAUAUACCGGAGAUCUACAGACGUACCGUCAAGCUGCCGCCGUCGUACUGUAAGACGCCCGCGGACGCGGCGCGGAAACCGGAGGACGUACUUGACUACGUGCCUUGCGAAGUGUGGCCGGAAGUGUUCAAGAAUACGAACCAAAUGGCACUGGCGAGCGUGGAGCGGCUGGUGGCGAAGCUGAUGGAGCGCGAGAUCAAGAGCUACCGCAGCGGCGUGUACGGCCCGCAGGCGCGCGAGCCGCCCACGCUGGCGCACCUGCCGCCGCACAGCGUCGUGCGCGGCCUCGCCGACUGCUUCCGGAGACAGGCGACGUCUCCAUCAUACGACUACCCAGAAGCGGUCCUUUUGGCCAUACUCAACACUCUCACAACGGACUUCCCGAAGCCCCUCCCGCCUCUCGACUUCUGCUUCCUCCACGAAGUCUUCCACCGAGGUCGGCACUGGAAAGCGGGCUGCGUGAAACUAGCAGCCAGGCAAGCCAGUACCUCGAUAUCUGCGAAACGACUGAUCGAGAACUUCUUGCAAAGCAUCGUACCCGGCCAUAGCGAGGAAUCCGACAUAAUGCUGUUCUUCGAAAACCUCCCGAUUUUCUGCCGCACCAUACCCCCGAACAACAUCCGGAAACCUCUCGAGAGCUGUCUCAUUGAAUCCUUCCAUCAACUACCAAAGACGAGUCAGGAUCCCGAGGAGCUGCUCUUUGUCAAGCAGAUGAGGAUAAUCAAGGAAUGCUUGGAGUCGGAUAGGAUACAUGACGCCAAUAGGACCCUCCUGUCGCAAAUCGUCGAAAGCUAUUUUCCUGCGCUUGACGAUGAAAAUGUGGCGUGGGCGGCGUUCGCGCAGACGUGCGGCGCGCUGCCGGCGGCGGGCGCCGAGCGCGUGUCGUCGCCGGCGGGCUGGUGGGACGCGUCGGCCGCGCGCCUGCGGGCCGCGGCGCGCGUGCGGGCGGCGCUGGCGGCGCGCUCGCUCGUGUGGCUCAACGAGCUCGUCGACGCGCACGCCGCCUACCCCGCCGAGCAGGAGAACUUCCUUCGCUGCAUAUCGCCGGUGCUGCAGGCCGCCGACGCCGACGAGCAGACGACCAUGGACUGGUUCCUGCAGCUGAUGGCGCGAACGCAAGUCGCCUUUAACGAGGCGGACGACGAGGCCUCGAAGCUGUUCCUGUGCGACGUGGUGUUCCUGAGCGUGGUGGCGUUCAGCGGGCUGUGGGCGCUGGAGGGGGCGGAGUCCCGCGGCGCGCUGCGGGCCGCGCUGGCGGGCGCCGCCGCCGCGCUCGUGGCGCGCCCGCGCUGGCGGGGCGCCGCGCUGCCGUUAUUGGAAUGGCUGUGCCACACCCGCGACACGAUCCGCGAGCCGAGCACGGCGCACUGCUGCCAGCGCGCGCUGCUCGCCCUGCGGCACACCGAGCAGUUCACCACGCAGAAGAUCUGGAAGAGGAUGGAAAUGAAUUAUGGAAGUUCUGCUAUCGGAUUAGAGGAUUCAGAAGCUUGUUAGUGUGAUAAUAAAAUAAGUGUUGUCAUUUAUUAAUAUUAAAUUACUAUAUUUAAAAAAAAUGGCAUUGUAAAUGUUAAUCUGUACUAGACAAAGACGGUGUAAUUGCACGCACAAGGGACAUAACAGCUAUUUAAUGGCGCAUUGGCUUAUAUUAUUAUACCCUAAUACAGUAACAGUCUGUUAAUGUCCCACUGCUGGGCUAAGGCCUCCUCUCCCUUUUGAGGAGAAGGUUUGGAGCUUAUUCCACCACGCUGCUCCAAUGCGGGUUGGUAGAAUACACAUGUGGCAUAAUUUCAAUGAAAUUAGACACAUGCAGGUUUCCUCACAAUGUUUUCCUUCGCCGUCAAGCAGGAGAUGAAUUAUAUACACAAAUUAAGAACAUGAAAAUUCAGUGGUUCUUGCCCGGGAUUGAACCACGAUCAUCGGUUAAGAUUCACGCGUUCUAACCACUAGGCCAUCUCGGGUAAUAAUUGUGUAAAUAUUUGACCGUCUGCUUUACUGUUUAACCAGUUUAUGGUAAGCUGAUCAAAGUCCGAUUCAUGAACUCUGAAAGCUGAUUGGUCGACAAUUGCGUCAUCAACUGCUACUGACCAAUCACCAUUCAGAUUGAGAUAAAUGAAACCUAAUCUGCUACACUCAGAGACAUAAGCUCCUUAGUACAGAAUUUUGAUCCUUAGUAAAUGGUUCCUUUACUUGCGUGAAAGACUGAAUAUAACCUUAUUAGUGCUUGUGAUUUGAGACAAAUCGUUAAAACUUUAAUUGUUCCAUAUGUAUGCCAUCAAUUAAAUAUUACAUAGAAUAGAUGUUAUUUAGCGUAAUAAACAUUAUAGUUACUGGAUUACCAAUUAUUUUUUACAAUAAGU